AUGGCUGCUAUUGUAACAUACUCUGAAAUCAGCAGAUCAACCCCUAAUGACUAUACCUACCACAAACUAUCAACAAGUUGUUUCCUUGCCUUGGGGAGGACAUCCUUUACUUUCAGAGCAAAGGCUAACAAUGACCUUCACAUUUUGCUGAGUACUCAGGAUAGCUCUUCUCUUACUUCAGCCUAUGAAUUCGUCAUUGCUGGAUGGAGCAAUACUAAGUCGGAACUCAGGAUCAAUGGAGGAUCUAAGUGUGAUGAACAUUAUCAAGUCUUUUUGAGCCAAUCUUGGUACGACAAUUUCUGGAUUUCGUGGUCUGGGACUACAAUCCAAAUGGGAAUUGGUACAUCAGUCGGCAGUAGCGUUAAAUUGAGUUGUACACAUUCCCCGAGACACGAUGUCAAGUACAUUUUGAUCAAAACUGGAUGGGGUUCUUCAGGUCAAUGGAGGUUUCCUAACGAUGUUACAUGCACACACGAAUUAAACAGUAACGUGAACGUUCCCACUAGUUCUACAGGCUGUAAUGGAGUCAGCACUUACGCUUGUAACUCAGGAUACAAGCAGGUUGCAGGGAACACACAACGUACAUGUUACGGAAAGUUCUGGACGGGAUACCCACUUGUCUGUUCAGUUUCAACCUGCAAAAUUGACAUUCUUUUCAUUAUAGAGGCUUCCUCAUACACGUCUUCUAUUUACUAUGAAUUAGUAUCGGUUAUUGGCGAUUUGGUGAGGACUAUGCAAAUUUCAACCAGUAAUAUACAAGUGGGGGUGAUAUCUUAUGACAACGCUGUGGACCAGAAUAUCAAGUUUAACGCCUUUACUACGGCGGCAUUACUGGACACUGCUAUUACGUCAUUAUCGAUACCAAAUGCUUCUUCAAGAAUUAACCUCGCCGAGGCAUUACGUGUUGCAUUUUAUGAUUUUGUGAAAAUGUCAAAUGGGAACAGAUAUCAAGCAUAUAAAUACUUUGUUAUUGUUGGUAAAUCAACUCCUAACUACGUCGGUGCAGAUAUCGGAGGCAAUAUACGACAAGUUGCCAAAAAUCAAGUUUUCGGAAUCGGUAUUGCUCCAUCGACGUCUCUUGCCAAUGAUCUGAAAGCGGCCGCUGGGAGUACUGCUAGAUACUUUCAAGCGACCUCUUCAGCAGACCUAGCAACACAGUUCAACGCCGUUCUAACGAAAAUUGCCGUUUGUCCAACAUCUGGUUUUCCUGGUCCUACGUCUGUAGCUUGCAAGCUCGACAUCGUUUUCAUAGUGGAAAAUUACAACCUGCGUUUCAUAAAGAGAUUUGUGGCAGAGUUAGUGGAGGAUUUACCUAUUUCUUCAGAUGGCGUAAGGGUAGGUUUUGUGAUAUUUGAUAAUGGAGCAAGAACCGAGUUUGGGCUCACUUCUUAUACGAGUUCCGAGGCCGUCAAAGGUGCAAUUGAAGGAAUUUCAGAGACGUCUAGCAGUUAUCAUUAUGUAGACAAAGGAUUAAUUCAUGCCCGUGACUAUGUGUUCACGGCUGCUGGCGGAGAUCGUUCAGACGCUAAUAACUAUUAUGUCUUUAUCGUCGGACCUUUUUCCAGCGACCCAGUCACAACAGCAAGGGUCAUCAGAAGAAGUGGGAACAAUAUAAUUUUUGGCGUUCAUCUUGGAACGAGUUACGCAGCAAUUUAUAAGGAGACUGUUGGUUCCUGCAAUGACCACUCUAAAUAUACAACCUCAGCUACUUAUAACGACAUGAUCAACAUUAAAAAUACAGUGAAAGGAAAACUCACUACCUGUUGUCAGGUUCCACAAUACACACAAGACUGUAAACUUGACAUAGUCUUCAUCAUUGAUGAUACGGAUGCAGUCACCGCUGCUCAGUUCACGGAAAUGAAAACUGCCCUUGAAGUUCUUGUCAGUAAAAUGCUUAUUGGUGACAAUGCCAUAAGAAUAGGGAUAGUAACCUUUGGGGACGGAGCCGCAACCGCCUUUCCACUCAACCAGUACUCAACUGCACCUGACUUGAUCAGUGCUAUAAACGCUCUUACACAAGGAGACUCGAACUCGACUUAUAGUCGGAAUCGCCGCUAUGUAGAAAGAGCCAUAACAUGGACGCUAUGGAACUUUUUCACGCAAGGAAACGGAGACCGCUCUGACGCCCAGAAUUAUUACGUUGUCCUGACAUAUGGAGGUUCCUACGGAUCGAAUUUUACAGAAUAUGGAACAUCAUUGCUGUACAAUUCCUCCAUUGAUAUUUUUAUACUUGCUGCCAAUGUUUCUUCUAGAGAUGAUGCAGAUUAUCAGGGAGGCGUCUUCUCAGCGAGAUACAUGAAAGCUACGAGCUUCGCCGUUCACCAGUGUGACAACUAUGUGAUCUCAACCAUCACUCAAUGUCCAGGACAAGCUCCAAAUCUUACCAAUCCUAAUGCUACUACUACUACUACUGAUAAUUCUUACUACUACUUUUACUUCUUUUUCUACCACUACUAUUACUACAACUACUACUUCCUAUCUUACUACUACUACUACUAUUACUACUACUACUACUACCAUUACUAA